GUGCCACCAGGGAAGCCUGCUGCUGGUGUAAUUUUAGAGGAAAAGAGUGGGGCCCAUCUGGCAGGUCCCUCCGUGGUUGGGGCUGGCAGGGGGACAGGGACCCCAUAAGGUCAGGGGAGUCCCUGAGGGCACGGUCUCUCUUUUCCCUCCCAGCCAGAGACCUGGUAUUUAAUCGGCUGAGCUCAGAGCAUGGGAAGGAAGAGCUGGACCUCCGCUGACCUCCACAAACCAGGCUUAGCUUCCGCCCAUCACAGGCUGUGAGGGAGCCUGCGUGAACGAUGCUUAUAUACAGGGCUAUGCCCUGAUAGGGCCUCAACAGCAGUGGGUCAGGAGAACUGGGGAGAGAUGUGUGUUGUUUGCUUCACGGUGAGGGAUGAAGGGGCCCACCCUCCAUGCCCUGUGGGGGGAAGGGCUGAGGUGGGAGUCCAGGCCCCAAGGGCCCUUCUGGCUCUCUCAGCCUCAGUGUCCUCCUGUCCUGGGCAGGGAGGAGGGGGUGGGCAGGGGAGGACACUGAUGUGGCUGGCCCCUCCCUUCCGGGAGCUGUCAGGGCUGUCAGUGGUGACUCAGCCCCGUUCAGACUGGGCUGGGGUGGCCGCAGCUGCAGUGCAGCUGAUCGUGACAGUGAUGAUGGGGGACCGCCCCGAACAGCGACGGGGCAGCCAGCGGUGCCAGGGCUGCAGGGGUGUGAUAGACCCCAGGCCCUCCUCCCCCUCACAGCCAGCCCAUGCCUCCACCUCCAGUUCUGGAGGCCUUUGGGGGCUGAGAGUAAGUGAGGAUGUCAAUGGGCCCCUAAGGGAGCUGCGCCCGAGGCUCUGCCACCUGCAAAAAGGCCCCCAGGGCUACGGGUUUAACCUGCACAGUGACAAGUCCCGCCCUGGACAGUAUAUCCGCUCUGUGGACCCAGGCUCUCCUGCUGCCCACUCUGGCCUCCGUGCCCAGGACCGACUCAUAGAGGUGAACGGGCAGAAUGUGGAGGGGCUGCGCCACGCGGAGGUGGUUGCCAGCAUCAAGGCACGGGAGGACGAGGCCCGGCUGCUUGUGGUGGACCCCGAAACAGAUGAGCACUUCAAGCGGCUGCGGGUCACACCCACCGAGGAGCAUGUGGAAGGAUGGCAGCACCUGGAAGCGCGACCCUUUUCAGGAGAGUGGCCUCCACCUGAGCCCCACUGCAGCCGAGGCCAAGGAGAAGGUGAGAGCCACCAGGGUCAACAAGCGGGCACCGCAGAUGGACUGGAACCGGAAGCGAGAGAUCUUCAGCAACUUCUGAGCCCUCCCUGCCUGUUUCCUGCCGGGCUCCUCCUGCAUGGACCUUGGGCCUUGCCCCUCGGGCCCGCCCAGAGCUCCCCUCAGUGGACUGGAGGGGACAUCCUUACCCCCCAAGCCGUGGUGGUCCCACCACCACCCAAGAACCAACCUGUGCCCCAGUGAGACCCCAUCCUGCCCCCCACCCACUGGGUGCUAGGGGAGUGUGGCAGCAAGAUGGGGAGAGAGAGCCCCUGAGAUGUGAGAUACCCAGAGAGACAGUGAUGGGAUGUGGGGAGAGGGAGAGGAGGAAGAUGGGGGAGAGGGGGAGAGGGGGAGAGGCAGUGGUGACCCGCGGGGCCCGGCCCUUGCUGCUCUGCUUGGGCCUGCUGACUUAAAGGAAUUUGUGUUUUUGCUUUUUUUCCAGAAAGAGCUCUAGCUCCACACAUGUUUCCACUUAAUACCAGAGCCCUGCCCCCACCCCCCUCAGGACGUGCUCUCUAAAUAAUUGCAAUAAAACAAACCUUUCUCUGCAAACCAUUUUCUCCCCACCCCCUCAGCAGCAGCCAUCCCAAGCAGGAGUGCCAGGGACAGAGUUGGGGGGCUUGCAGGCUGUGUUCAUUCAGGCUUUGGGGGGUGCUGGGGAUGCCAGAUGUGGCUGUGAGAGCUGCCCCUCUGCCCUGUCCCUGCCCUCCCUGGGGGGGGCGGUCUGGGGUACAGGGCCUGGGCUCUUUGAGGGGCCUGAGGAUGGAGGCCCUGUGCCCCUGAGGAGGGCAGACUCUGGACAGGCCCCUUGUCCCUGCACGGCAGCCCCCAGGCCUUUGGGGUGUGACUGUGUGAGAGCCUGUCCCCAGGAAGGACCCCAGGCUCCGGGCUUGGCCCCUGCUAGGAGCCUCCCCCAGAGGAAACCCCACCGACUCUGCCUUUCCCCUGCCCAGAACCUGACCGACCGACAUCGCUGUCUGCCCCAUAAGCCAUAGCACAUGCGCGCCUUCAGAAUAAACAGGCCUUCCUUGGACCCUG